AUGAAGAUUUCUGGUAAUACAAUCUCUUGGAACAUAGUUUCGUGCUGUCAAGAUGUAAGAACAAUAUCAAAAUACAAUUGGGCAAAAGCGACUUCAGACUUUUUGGAAAGGCAGCUUGUGAAAGAUUGCGAAAAGCCAUCAUCCAUUUCUGGUUGUGUUGCUGCGUUGCCGUUUUGGUUUUGCGAGAAAAUUGGGUUCAUUGAGCCCUUGAAAGACAGAAUGGAUGUACCUCCCAAAUUUGUUAAGUGGGACGUACAAGACCUGCAAUCAUCAAGGUGCAACAUAGACAUUUCUAGUAUGACACCAGUAAUUGCAAGUAUUGGAAAUAAAAAAGAUCAGGUUCUUGAAGAAGUGUGUGGUGUAACGGGUACUGGUUGCUUGAUGUCGUCACAUGUGAUCAAUGCUAAAGAGGUUGUUGAAGAGGUGUUUGGUGAACCGUCAGAUGGAUGCUUGACAUACAAAUCACCUAGUGGUGUCCCCCAAGUCGGAAACGAGUCCAACAUAGCUUCAAAAAAAAAUUUGAGGUCGACACAUGUGAUCAAUGGUGUUGGUGAUAAAAAGCACUGGAUGUGGGCAUCAAGAGUCCCCCAUAACCCCAAAAAAUCCGGGCCUAAUAUAGAAGGAAGGCAAGAGUUUUUGGUUAGUGAAGAAAAUAGUUUAAUGAAGGAAGAAAUCAAGAAGUUGAAAUUGAGACUUGAGGAAGCACAGGUGCAAGCUGUGUUGUACAACGAAUUAUGUGUAAAUGCUGAAGUUGGUAUGGCAGAUGCGCGCAAGCAGUGUAAUGAUUUAUCAAACGACCUACAACAGCUUCUGGAUCGUAUUGAACAAGAGAAAGGGUUUCAAAAUAACGAGUCCUCCCCUCAGCUAAAAUCAUGGUUAAUAAGGCUGAAACAUAAGCACAAGAGACCAAAACGGUUGCCAGGAUAUGUGUACGAAGGGAUCAAGACAUUAAGGGAGCCUAAAAAGGCAAAGGCAGAAGCAGAAAAACAUGGAGUUGUGAAACAACAAGAGUUGUGGAGUAGUGAUGAAUUGAAAGGAACUGUGCAAAAGAUCAAGACAAACUUCAUCGUUUCCUCAUUUGCACUGAUUAUGGGUGAGGUACCACUUUGGCAAGGAUCAUGCUCGGCUAUCUAUAAGGACGACUUGAUGGAUUUGCUAACAAAGGCUGCUAUAACGUGUAAUGUCAUUGAUUCAUUCGGGGAAACCUUGCAAACUGAGAUAAUCAAUUAUGCAUCAUUGAAACAUAAAUCACUCGUGAUGACAACACAUUGCUGGAAUGUAUCAUAUAACCAGGAAUUAACAUGUGAAUUCCUACAAAAGGGUGAUGAUAACAAUAUCAGAUUACUCCUGCACGACCCAUUGUUAGAAGCUUUAGCAGGAGCGGACUACGUAUUCUUCCCAAUGAGGCAUGAAAACCAAUUUCAUUUUACCUUGUUAGUAUUACACAAGGCAGAUGAACAAUGGUUUCACUACGAUCCCAGACGUCUUGUGUCAAAUUCAUCAAAUGAUCCAUGCUUUCUUAAUGCACAGAAACUGCGAGAUGCAGUUACAUCUUUCCUACAAUUUAAUAGUUGCAUUGCACCAGUGGUGUUAAGCAAUGGUCAUCGGAUCAGACAGCCUGAAAAGGUUGGAGAAAAGGCAAUCAAAUCAUCAUUAACCAAUGGUGAGAAACAAACGUUUCAAUGGCUAAAAGCUACUGAUGUUAACUAUCCUUUAUGGCGAUCGACUAAUUGCCCACAACAAAUGGAUGACUCUGUCGACUGUGGGGUCACUGUGAUGUACUAUAUCUCAACUAUUUCGAAGUGUCAGAACAUGGCACCUUGUUUUACAGAGAACACAAUGAAGGAAUAUCGUGCAAAAGUCAUCAACAAAUUUCUUCAUGAUGGGAAAAGUUGGAAAGAUGAAUGA